CCAUUUUUAUUCAUCAGAAAGUUGUCUCCUCGGUCGGUCGCUGUUGUAUCACAAGAAAGUGAAUCCAUAUCCGAAAGCUAAAAACCUUAUUUUCUUCGUAUCCAAUCAAUCUCUACUCGUGCAGAUAGCAGUGUUCUGUGUUUAAUUCAUAUCCAGCAAUCAGUAUAUCGCUUUAAUCUAGCCGAAAAUGUCACAUCAAACCGGAAUCAAGGCCAACGCAGAGCUGCUCAAGUUCUUUGGAAAAUGCAAGGACGGAAAAACUCGAGUGCUCAAAGUUUCCAUCGAGAAUGAGGAACUGACCCUGGUUGACCACAAAGCAGUCAAAAAAGAUUGGGAAAAGGACUACGAUGCGCUCGUAAAACCCCUUGUUGAAGAUGAUGUUCCAUGCUACAUUCUAUAUCGACUUGACUACAAGAUUCCCACCGGAUACGCAUGGCUCUUGCUGAGCUGGGUACCGGAAGCGGCCACGGUGCGGCAGAAGAUGCUGUACGCUUCAACCAAGGCCACGCUCAAGCUGGAGUUCGGUUCCGGCCACAUCAAGGAAGAACUGAACGCUACCGCCAAGGAGGAAACCACUCUUCGAGGCUACCAGAAGCACAAGGUAGACUUCAGUGCGCCGGCUCCGUUGACUAGCCGGGAGGAGGAACUAGCAGAGAUCCGCAAAAGUGAGGUAAAGACAGACUUCGGUAUCGAUACCAAACAGCAGACACUUGGAGGCAUCAACUGUCCGAUCUCCGAGCCAACCAGCCAAGCCCUGUCCGACAUGCGACGGGGCGCCUACAACUAUCUGCAGUUCCGGAUCGAUUUGGAGGAAGAGAAAAUUCACAUUGUCAACGCGGCCAAUAUCGACAUUCUAAAGCUGCCAUCACAAAUCCCAACGGACCACGCGCGAUACCAUCUCUAUCUGUUCAAGCACCAGCACGAAGGAAACCACCUGGACAGUAUGGUGUUCGUUUACUCGAUGCCGGGCUACACCUGUUCGAUCCGGGAGCGCAUGAUGUACUCCAGCUGUAAGGGUCCGUUCUCGGCCACGAUCGAAAAGCACGGCAUCGAGAUAACGAAGAAGAUCGAAAUCGACAACGGUGAGGAGCUGACGGAAGAGUUCAUCUACGAAGAGCUACAUCCCCGGAAGCUGAACCUGCGACCGCAGUUUUCCAAGCCGAAGGGACCGCCCAGUCGGGGCGCGAAAAGACUGACCAAACCACAAGCAGUGGAAUAGAGGGCUUCUAAAUUGGUUCUGAAGCAUGCAAUUCGUAAAUUUAAAGCAUUUUUUAGUUACUUCCGGAUCCACAUUUUGGGAUUCAUAACUGAGUGUUGUCCGUGUUCGCUAGAAAAGUACUAACAACAUCCAUUUAGCUUGUGUUUUCAGUGAGAAAGUGAGAAAAAACGCAUCUCUUGCCCGUUUACGAAUGAACUUAGGCCUAUGUUCGCUGUGUUUUCGUUUUAGGUUUUAACUUUUGAUACGCAGGAGUGAAGCAUUGUGCACGAUAAGCAUUAGAAAAUGCAGAGGAUUAUACGUAUAGAGUGUGAGCAUGAUGAGUGCUAUUCAUUUUUAUAUUAUAUUAAAAUAGUAUUUAUAUUCGAUCUCGGAAUCAGCCUUUUCUUCGUUUCAUGAAGGUUUUCACACGAGUAGAAGAUGGCAAAAUGAGAUUACGAAGUUGCUCACUUAGUGGUUUGAUACAGCUCUUGAACUACAAUCAAUCUAACAAGAUAUAGAAAAUGCCAUAUUUUUCACGGAAAUUUGCUACAUUCUAUUUUAUUCUGAAUUGUGUUUUUCAAAUUGCGUUAGAAUAAUUGGUUGCAAAAGAGUUGUACAAAAGUUUUGUUAGCAAACAAAAUCAAAAAGUCUCCUUCUAUCAAGCUUAGACAAACACGACAAAAAUUUCAAUGUGAGGUCGCAAUCGCAGCAGCGACGUAAAACAAGACGAUGCAACCAGAGAGAAAAUCUAAUCCAUGAAUUGAAAAUCUAAAUAUUAUAUACACAGAAAAGGGUUCAUCUAAAUAUUCAAAUAUGAAUAAUUAUAUAUAUUGUAUCUACAGUCAGUAACAUGGGAACGAAAAGGGAAGCAAAAAGGAAUAAUAAUACAAAACGAAUUUUAAUGUGAACAAAAAACAACAAAGUCGAUUAUUUGAAGUCGACUUGUAGAAGGUUACUCCAGCAAAUAAAAAAGGAAAAAUAAGAAGGUAAACAUAUUUCUUAUAAUAUUCUUUAUACAGUAGUGAUUGCAAUAACGGAAUGCAUUGCUGAAUAAAAGUACUAUUUAUUGAAUGAUGAAAUUAAGGAGA